UUUGAGUAUUUGCCAAAUGGGGAAAACUGCUACUUCGUACUUCCGGUAAUGGGACAGAAUCCUUGACAUAUGAGUUUCUGUGAAUAUGGAUUUAGGACCUGCAAACCCAUAUAAUAACGGCUUAUUAUAUUGUGGCUGGAAUCAAGAUCAAGGAUGUUUUGCUUGUGGUAUGGAGAAUGGUUUCAGAGUCUAUAACUCAGAUCCACUGAAAGAAAAAGAAAGACAAGACUUUGCAGAUGGCGGGAUUGGACACAUUGAGAUGCUGUUCAGAUGUAAUUAUCUGGCUUUGGUUGGAGGUGGCAAAAAUCCCAAAUAUCCACCAAACAAAGUCAUGGUCUGGGAUGACUUGAAAAAGAAGCAUGUGAUAGAGUUGGAGUUCUCCUCAGAUGUCAGAAGUGUUCGUUUACGACGGGACAGAAUUGUUGUGGUGUUGGAUACCAUGAUUAAAGUCUACACAUUUACACAAAACCCACAGCAGUUGCAUGUGUUUGAAACAGGCAGCAAUCCAAAAGGCCUGUGUGUCAUGUGCCCAAACAGCAACAACUCCCUUCUUUCCUUCCCUGGUCGCAAGCUUGGUCAUGUUCAGAUCGUAGAUUUAGCAGACACAGAGAAAUCACCUUUAGACAUUGCCGCCCACGAGGCAAACCUCUCGUGCAUGGCCAUGAACCUGCCAGGGUCCCGCCUGGCCACAGCAUCUGAGAAGGGAACUUUAAUCCGUGUCUUUGACACUCAGUCUGGCCUGCAACUUCAUGAACUGAGAAGAGGAGCCAACAGUGCAAACAUUUACUGCAUUAAUUUUAGCCAUGAUUCAACACUGCUGUGUGUAUCCAGUGACCAUGGCACGGUGCACAUAUUCUCCACAGAGGACCAAAAGAAGAACAAACAGUCAAGCUUGGCUUCAGCAAGCUUUUUGCCCAAGUAUUUCAGCUCAAAGUGGAGCUUCUCCAAAUUUCAAGUGCCUGGUGGCUCUCACUGCAUUUGUGCCUUUGGCGCUGAUGCUAACUCUGUCAUUGUGAUCUGUGCAGAUGGCAGUUAUUACAAGUUUGUCUUCAACUCUAAAGGAGAAUGCAUCCGUGAUGUCUAUGCACAGUUUCUGGAAAUGACAGACGAUCGAAUGUGACUUUUCAGCAUGGGAUGGGCUUUAAGGGGAAUAUAUUUCCUGCUUCUUUUGCUGUGCACAUUAAUUUGUGAACGGCUAUUAUCAGCAGCAUGUAUCAGGAGUGUUGUGGACAAAAUGAAUGGUUGCCGUGGAAUUUCAAUUUUAAAGGGAACAGAAUCUGCAAUGUCUCAUUAUUUCUGCCUAAAUCAUACUGGGCAGUAGUAAAGAUGUAAUGUGAUAUGUGUGUGUCAUCAUUUUACGAUCAGCAAAGCAAAAAUUAAGACAAGAGCACGUUGGAAAAUUGCUAGUCAAAUAGAACGGUUUUAUUACUGCCGUAAUACUUUUUACAAUAUAAUUUAAUUUAAAUUAUAUCUGCUUUAACACUGUGAAGUCAUCCAUUGAAGAAAUCAAUAGAAAUGAAGUAUAGGGUGUUGAUUGAGAACAUCAUCUGCAUAUUAAACUUGUUCUUGCAUUAUGUUGUUAACCCUGUACAGAAUGCAAAUCAUUUUUUUUAAAGAUGAGAAGAAAUGAUUACAGAGUGUUGUGCGAUGUUGAGCAGACCUUUUCCAGAUUUUAAGCAGAGAGGUGGUUAGUGUUACUGUAAUUUUAAGGGAAAAAGUUAUGUGCUAUUGUAAGUAAAAUAGUUAUUUCUGUGGCAGUGCCAUGUUACAUCAAGGGUUGCAAGGUGCUUGCAUUAGGUGUGAUAAUUUUACAGUUGAAAUUUCAUGAUUGUGUCAUUAUUUUACUUAUAAAAUCAUUGAUAAAAUUUCCAGUCAUUUAUGACAAUGAAAAAUAACCAUAGAACCAUGUGGGUCUUUUUAAUUUACUCUAGUUUAAACUGUUUUCCAGUGAAAUCCUGUAUUCUGUUGUAAAAAGUUGAUAUCCAAACAAUGUUAUAGAUAUUAAAAACUGUUUACAGUAGAUUAUUCAUCUGGUGUGUUUCCCUAAAGCAAGUACCAAAAAGCACUUGACAGCAUUCAUGCAGUCAUGUUGAGAGGGUGCUGUGAACGAGUUGUUGAAAAGAGUACCUUGAGCCUGUGUGAAGAGAAUCCUUUUCCCUUGAAUAUUUUAAGCUAAAUCUUCAGGGUUGCUUAGAUAUUGGCCUUUUUAAAUUGGCAGGGAGAGCAUUGCAUGCAGAUUAUUAAUGCUUGAGAGAUUUUUGUUUCUGAAGGGUCUUGAAAUGUUUGCUAAUAUGAAACUGUAAUACACUUUUAUUUAAAACCUAUAAAAUCUCUAAAUACUCAUUGCAUGACAUUUCCUCCUGACAAGAAAUAUGUAUAUAACAAAAAAGACAAAAUGUACACCUUGCAGAACGAUAUGAAUGAAGUAUAGACCUCUAUUAUCAAACCACUUUUGAUAGCACUGGAGUGGUUUCUUAUCCAAAUGCUUGACAUUUCACACAUUUUUCAUGAAUUUGGCAUAUUCAUUAUGUUUUACAAAAAUCAAAAAUGUAUUGCUCAUUACCCAAACAAACUAAAAUCUUAUGUGCUUGAAUAUGAUCAAAUAUGACCAUUCCUUUGAAUAUUAUUUUGUUUCAGUGUUUGUGUGUGUGUGUGUGUGUGUGUCUUGUUUGGAUUUUUUUUUUUUUUGCAGGGGGUGGAACAAAAUGAGGUAUAGGGACUUGGUUAUUAAGAUCACAAACCUGUGAAAAAGUUCUAUGUUCUAAUAAAAUAUGUGCAUGUACAUGUGAUCGGUCUAAUCAGCACAUUUCUUUCUCUUUCCAACUUAACUGCCAUGAUAUAUUACCUGCUAUCCACAACAUGCCAUUAUAUAUGGCAUUAACUGUUUGUUUCCACUUUUAAUCGGUAGAAGAAGUGUGGAAAUUAUAAGUUUAAUUAAUGGGCAAAUGAGAUGGACAGGUUUUGUGUUGGAUCCUAAAUCAGUUGAGGUUAUACAGUUUGCUAAAGUUAAUCCCCUUUGCAAAGUGAGCUUGUGACUCAUCACUUAUUGCCCUUGCUUGACAAUGACACAAAUCUGGGUGUGCAUGUUCAAGACUGCAGCAGAAAGUAUUUGAUUGCCAAGGGAAAAUGUCGUUUUCUUUUGUGAGAUAAUAAAAUUGUGAAACUGUUUACUUACAGUGUCAUAUUGUGAUGCUUUGGCAUCUGCCAGGAUUCUAGUAAACAGUAAAUUUGUGUUAGACCUUGCUGGCUAGACCAUAGUCAAUAGUUACUUGUAUUUUUCACAAGUUAUUCAGAAAUGUAUGAUAAAAGGUAUGAAAACAUAACAGUAAUGAUUCUGUGAUACUCUGUAAAUGUUUUGACUUUGGAGAAAAGCUUUCUCUUGCGGGGAGAAUUUCUAAUGUGUGCACAAUCCUGCUAAAUGCUUUAAUUUGUUUUCAAAAUGUGUAUCCCUCCUAAAAUUCCCAGAUAACAGAUUUUUGGCAUGAAGGUAUUGUGUGUUUAUUGGGAAAGAUUUUUUUUCUCUCGUAGGCAUAAUUGUUUUCCAGUGUUGUGGAAUGUUGUACUUAUUGUCUUUUAAACAAAAAUGUCCAUUCCGCUGGGAUGUUAGUAUGUGUAACUAAUGGAAAUAUGUUUUAUUUGAAGCAUUUUGCAGGGUUCAGUUACAUUAAUCACACAUCUUGUCCAUAAUCAUGCAUAUUACACAGUCUGGCAUUACAAGUAAGUGCAUUUUGUGCUGUGUUCAGCCCAUUUUUGUGUGCUGGUGUGUACGUAUUCUCAGUUUUAAAAAGUGUUACCAUGAAAAAGAGGGCACUUUCAUUAACUGGUUAUCUUCAGUUUUUCUCACGUUAAUAAUCCUGCAUCCUUCACUGAUUAUGUUAAAUAUUUAUGCACACCAUUUAUAAGCUGAAGGAUAAAACAAAAUCUGCAUUUCAUGGAGUCCUUAUUGCCUUUGUGGUAAAUAUUGAAUAUUCUUCAGUUUUAGGCUAUUGAAUAAAUACUUGCUUAUCUCAAAUUUAUUUUGUAUAUCUUUUGCACCACAAGAAAACGAAAGCCAAACAAGUAUUGUGCCCUUUACAAUUAUAAAAGCACAGUCUGCAAACAUCACUUCAUUUUGUUUUUUUAGCACAGGCACUUUAGCUGUCAUCCAAUGAAUUGAAAUCACAUUGCGUUUCAGUGUCAUUGUUUGUAAUUCAUAACCAGUUUCAAAGUGGAGAGAGCUGUGUUCAUAGAGUUAACACAGUGCUUGUAUUUGCCAAAAUUUGUUAUGGCUCUUGUUAUAAUUUAAAAAAACAGAUGUCUAAUAUUGUGUAUGCUAAAACAUACAUCAACCAUUCCACAUAUUUUGCCCCUCACAUUUCACUCUUUAUGGUGUCUGGUCACUAAGCAGAAUUUGAUGACAUGGCAAACAUUUUCAGUUGUGAGAUGUUUAGAAGCAAUUUCAAAAAGUAAAAAUGAUGGAGUGACUUUUU